AUGGACAGCAUGGACACCCCCAAAGGACGGGGGAAGGGCAACGUGCCCGAGCCACAGCCCAUCGCCCUGGAUGAGAAGGACUGGACCGUCCCGGUUGCACAGGCGCCCACGAAGACAGCGAACGGUGACUACCAGUCCUCCGUCUCGCUGCACUCCACGGUUGAUGCCGAGAAGUGGUGCUCCGCCCUGCAGCGCCAGAAGGGGCCGCUCGCCAUCCUCGCCACUGGCACGCGGAACCCGCAGUGGCCCCACGCCAAAGUGCAGAUCCCAGUCCUGAAUGUCCCACACGGUGCAAAGGUCCCGAGGAAGAAUUUCCUGGACGGGGUCAUCUACCAGUUCGGCGAGACUGAGGUUCAGAUGCGCACCAACCUCGCCCAGCUCGAGGCCGCGGACGGCACCGCGGUCUUCAUGCGCAUGACUAUUCACGAAGCCGACGCCCUCCUAGUCAACCCCACUAUAGAAGAGGUCUUCAGCAGUCAAUUCAGUGGAGCUGCGCCGAUUGUCACCGGCGGCAACAAGCGUGACAAGCUGGGCAGCACCGCAAACGAACGAUGGAAGCAGGCUCGACGGUCAGAUGCGAAGCUCUCCUUAGACGUCGGCCUCAAGGAGGUCAACAAGUCUACCUUGAGUGCGAUCUGCCCCGAUAUCGAGCUGCUGGACGACCCGGGCCGACUCCUGCGUGCAGGCGGGCAAGACGGCCAGCGCUCCCUCGGGGCCCUCUUGGCAAUCGAGACGUCUCAGGAGCUGGCCCUUCUCAAGUACUCGGGCUACCAGGGCAUUACCUUCGCCUUCUCAUACAUCGGGGCGUCGCCUGAGAAGCAGAAGGAAGCUCAUUCACUCGCCAAGUCGCACGAGGCCGCGCUGGGCAUCACGAAGGGCGUCCGCGGUCAGUUCGGACUCCGAGUUCUUCGGAGCCACCCACAGGCACCCGAAGCAGCUACAGCAAUCCGCGGCACGGCCGCGGCUCUAGCUGGCCGCAAGUGGAGGACCGGCAACAUUCCCAACGGACGCGCCACCAAAAGCCAAAUCCAAGAUUCUGAUCAAUCGGUCGGGUGGACCACCGAGGUCGCCCACGUCGGCUUCGACGCCACGGAGAAGACCAACUACGCCAUCGCUCGCUCCGAUACCGAGCCCGCCAACAAGUACUGGAAGUUCGGCGCGUCCAUCCCGUGGGUCGUCACGGAGAUCACCCCUGGGAAUCCCGCGGCAGGCAGGGGCGACCCUGUUAACGGACCCGCCGUCGUGCUGGCCGCGGCGCUGCCCGCGGCUACUCCUCCAGCACCGCCGUCAGGAACCACUCCAGCAUCUAUGGCAUCUGUCACGCCGCCGUGGCUCGCGGCGCUCCGAGGCAGGCCACCAGAGGUUCCAGCAGCAGCCGCCCAGCAGGACGCCGCGCCCGAGCCCGAGACCAAGGGCCCUAUGCCACCACCUGCACCUGUUCGACCCCCAGACGCUGAGCACCAGCGCUUUCAGGCUCUUGAAGCCAGCGCACGCGCUCAAGCGGCCGCUCUGGAAGCCAUGCAGACCACCAUCGCCAAGCAGGAGACCGCCACCGCCGCCCUCGGCGCCAAGCUCAACGACGUUGCCCAGACAGACCACAG